AUGUAUAUUAUGCAUAAUUUACAGUAUUAUUUUCAAUUUUAUUUAUUUCUUUACAUUCAAUUAUUAAUUGAUUACACAAAUUGUUAUUCAUUUAAUCAAACCAAUUCAAAGGAAUUAUUUUAUUCUAUCAAUGAAGAAUCAGAAAUUGGUUCUUAUAUAGGUAAUUUAAAAUUAGAUGCAGAAAAGAAAUUUUUUAUGAAUUUAAUGAUGAAUGAGAAUAAUUUGCCCACCUUUGAACUAUAUGAUGAUACAAAUAAAAAUUUAUUUCGUAUUGAAGAAACGAGUGGAAAAUUGUUUGUUGCAUCACGUAUUGAUCGUGAAACAUUAUGUCCACAACCUGAUAUGAUUACAGAAGAAUUCAAUGGAUUAUUAUUGAAUGAUCAACGUUCAAUCUUGUCAUCAUCAUCAUCAUCAUCAUCUUCAAUGAUGGACAGUAGAUCAAAUGAAAUUUUACCACCGAAAGAAUGUCAAAUUCACUUGACCGUUUGUAUUUCACGUAUACAUUGGAUUAAUGUAAUCAUUACUAUCCAUGAUAUCAAUGAUCAUGUACCUUAUUUUUUUCAACUUACUUCUUCAUCAAAUUCAAAUGUAUCGGAGAAAUCAAUCUAUAAUGUAAAUGUGUCUGAAUCGGUUAGUUCCGGUUAUGAAAUACCAUUGAUGAUUGCUAAAGAUCCAGAUAAAGGUAUUAAUUCUGUUCAGUCAUAUUCACUGCGUGGUGAUGAUUUUCAUUCUUCAUUAUUUUCAUUGUCCUAUCGACCACCGUACAGUUUAAAUCUUGUUAUUUUAGGUGAAUUAGACGCAGAAAGUAAAAAUAUUUAUACCGGUGAAUUGAUUGCAUGUGAUGGUGGUCAAAUCAUACCGAAAUGUGUGAAUCAACCAUUUCAAGUUCAUGUAACUGACAUUAAUGAUAAUAAACCAAUAUUUAAUCAAUCUGUUUAUGAUAUUGACAUUUUAGAAAAUAUUACAAUUAAUUCAUUAUUAAUUAAAUUAAAUGCAACUGAUGCUGAUUCUAGUCAAAAUAGUAAAUUAUUUUAUAAAUUUGGUCGAUCAAUUAGUCAGCCGUCUUUGGAACAUUUUAAAAUCAAUAAUGAUACUGGAGAGAUCUAUUUGAAAGCAUCGUUAAAUGCUAAAGAAAAUAGUAUAUUUAUCUUACCAAUUAUAGUACAGGAUAGUGGAACAAUACCAUUAGUUGGUCAGACUGUAGUUCGUAUUACUGUAAAAGAUACCAAUGAUCAUGCUCCAUGGAUUGAAAUCCGAUCAACACAAGAGGGUAGUUUACAAAAGACAUCAGUGAAUAAUAAUAAUACUGUGAGUAAAGUUAACCAAAGUGAUCAUCACGAAGCACAGUUAUCAAUAAAUGAAAAUCAACCAGCUGGAUCAAAUAUUGGUUUAAUUAUUGCUGGAGAUGAUGACAUUGGUGAGAAUAGUGAAGUGACCUGCACUUUAAAAUCUAAAACUGAAGAUUUUCAACUUGAACAUGCGAAUUCUGCGAAAGGUCGUGAAAUCUAUCGUCUAAGUGCAACUAAAUCAUUUGAUCGUGAAGCGAUGAUAGAUGGGACGGUGAAAAUUGUUAUUACAUGCCAAGAUAAUGGUAAACCAAGUCGAACAACUGAACAAAUCAUUUUAUUGAAUAUAUUAGAUUUAAAUGAAUACAGACCAACGUUUACUAGAGAAAAUCGGAUCAUCAAGCAUAGUAUGCUUGAAGACCAACCAUUAGACACAUUUUUAUUACAAAUUCAUGCCAGUGAUGCAGAUUCUACUCCAGAAAUACAAUAUCAUAUAUCAAGUGAGGCGCAAUCCUAUUUUCACAUAGAUCCUGAUACCGGUGUGAUAACUACAAAAGCUAUACUAGACAGAGAAACUAUGCCUCAAAUUAGAUUUCUUGUUUAUGCUACUGAUCAGUAUUCAUCUGAAACCAUUCAAGAUAAUGAUUUAGCUGUUGCAAAUGUCACAGUGGAACUAACUGACAAAAAUGAUAAUGCUCCAGAACUUAUCGGGAGUAAAACAUUUCAAAUAGUUGAAAAUCGUCCAGGAUUCUCUGAUUUACUUGGUCAACUUAUUUCAAUUGAUCAAGAUAAUGGAAAUAAUGGAACAGUGCAUUAUAAAUUAAUAUCAGUUAGUGAUAGUAAAAAAAAUAGCAUCCCUAAUGAAUUAUUUAUGAUUAAUAGUGAUAGUGGUAAAAUAUUUGCUACGAAGAAACUUGACAGAGAAGAAAAUAAUCAAUAUGAAUUGAUUAUCUUAUUGCAUGAUCUUGGAACACCUGUUCAACAUAGUUCAACAGCUACUGUAUUUGUUAAUGUGCUUGAUGAAAAUGAUAAUACACCACAAUGGGAAGAAAUAUUACAAGCUUCAAAAGAUGAAUUUUCUCAACAGACUAACAUACUCAAACGACCACAUAUGAUCGGUUUAGGUACAGUAACAGAUCUGGGAAUAAUGAAUAUAACUACGCCAAUUUAUCGAGGACAACAAAUUUUAAUUUUAUCAGCUAAAGAUGCUGAUGACGUGCAUAAUGCAAAUUUAACAUUUCAACUGAUUAAAGUACAACUAUUGAAUGAGGAUUACAUACAAAGUAUGGAUAAAACUCUGUACGACAACAGAAUCCAUUCUACAAAUUCUUACACUGCUUCCUCAACAAAUUCACCAUAUUUUAUGGUAAUUAGUAAAACUGGUGAGCUAGUCGCUGGUCCUGGACAAAAAGGUACAGGACUAACUGGCAGUGGGAUAUAUGAAUUAUAUCUACGUGUAUGUGAUAAUGGCAAUCCUCCUUUAGAUUCAAAUGCACGUUUAUUUCUUCAAGCGUAUCAAUCGGUGAAUUCAGCUUUCACUGAUAAAUUUGGUGAUAAAGGUUUUCUAGGAUAUUUACUGACAAAUGGUCAUUUAGGAAUUAUCUUAGUUAUCAUUCUACUGCUAAUUAUGUGCCUUACAUCAAUAUGCCUUAUUAUUGUGUUCGUUUCAAUUCGACGUAGAUCAAGUCAACAACAACAACGACAACGUCAAAUCAAUCGGAAAUUGUCAAAAUAUGAUAAAACAAACGCAUUUCCGCUUCGUUUGAAUGAUGAAUUAAUUAUUGAAGAAAAUGUCAAUUUAGACGGUACAAUUAGUAAUUUAGGCAAAUUGUAUCAUUCACCAAUUAUGAAUACAAUAUGCCAAGGAGAUGGUGAAAGUUUGUACAAAUGGAAUCCAGAAUGUGGUGGUUAUACAAUGGGAAAUUUUGGACCACCACCAAUCUAUAAUUUUUGUGCAUUGAACACAUUAGACAGAAUGCGAUCUAGUCAUACAGAUAGUGAUAAAAGUAGUUCAGCAUUAAUGCCAACUGAAUUUCCAUGUCCAAUGAAUCAUUAUUGUGAAGAUGGACCAAUAAUAAAUAGUGAACAGAAAAUAUUUUAUGGUUAUAAAUCUCCACUUAGAACAAUAUCAAGCACUGAUGGAUUAGUAGGAUGUAACAAUUUUAAUAGUUAUACGGAAACAUGUUUAAUUCCUACAACAACAAUACAAUCAGAAUCAAAUGGUGUAAGUUUAUGCGAAAUGUUUUCAAGCGAAGUUAAAUAA